AAUAAACGCAAAGCAGAAUGUCUGGACGUGGAAAAGGUGGCAAAGUGAAGGGAAAGGCAAAGUCCCGCUCCAACCGUGCCGGUCUUCAAUUCCCUGUGGGCCGUAUUCACCGUCUGCUCCGGAAGGGCAACUACGCCGAGCGUGUUGGUGCAGGCGCUCCAGUUUACCUAGCAGCCGUAAUGGAAUAUCUGGCCGCUGAAGUUCUCGAGUUGGCAGGCAAUGCUGCUCGUGACAACAAGAAGACUAGAAUUAUUCCGCGUCAUUUACAGCUGGCCAUCCGCAACGACGAGGAGUUAAACAAGCUGCUCUCCGGCGUCACUAUUGCCCAAGGUGGAGUGUUGCCUAAUAUUCAGGCUGUUCUGUUGCCCAAGAAGACCGAGAAGAAGACUUAAACGUUUCAAAAGCUGAAAACAUACUUGUACAUAAAAUCGUCAAUCAAACCGUCCUUUUCA